UCCGCACGCGACGGCUGUGUCGCGUCGCUGCAGAUCCGCGCUUCGAUCGAUCUUUACCUCGUGUUCUGUGCUUUUCGUAUAAUUUGGAUUUGUGUGCGAUGUGCUAUGGAGUUUGUUUUCAGUGACCGCCCCCUGAAAAGGGCUUGAAAUUGUGCUUGUUUUAACUGAAGUGCAGCAAAAGGUGCAGAGAUGUUAAAGCACGUGGCGGUGUCGCCGCACCGCGCACGCGCAGACUCCGUCAGCCUGGCUUCCACCACAUCCUGCUGCAGCCUUGGAAGCCUCGAGCAGCGCCACGACUCUGUCGGCGACCUAUCGCACCGCACUACGACGAUAAAGGUUUACGCACGCUGCCUGCGGCCGGACAUCGAGUACAAGACGCUGUCGGUGACGUGGGGCACGCGCGCACGCGAGGUGGUGGCGGCGCUGCUGGGCAAGUUCCGUAUGCGCCACCGCGACCCGCGUCUCUUCUACCUCAGCAUGGAGGUGCGUGUGCGCGCCGCCGGACUGCGCACCGCGCUCGCGCUUGAUGACGACGCGCGUCCCGCUGCGCUGCAGGCAUGCCACCCCAAGGGUUACUCCAAAUUCUCGCUGCAGAUGCGUCCAGGUGGUCUGGUGAAAAUCUACGACUCUGCGCUGAUGUCCUCCUCGCAGUACAAGUGCCUGCUGACCAGCGAGCGCACCACCGCCGACGAACUGCUGGCCAUACUGCUUCACUGUUACGACUCUACGGAGGGCGUCGAGAGGUUCUCACUUUACGAGGUAUGCCCUUCUCAAGAGUAUGAGAGAAAACUACAUCCAGAUGAUUUGCCGUUGCUGGUGCAACGAGCGUGGCCCACUGACAGCGACUGUCACUUCAGAGUGCGACGGAAUCCCCGCGCCCCUCCUCUACCUCCGAGGACCAUCCCUCCCCCGGUGGAGUCACCACAGGAAGACGAGGAACCUUCCAGAGCACUGUCCGCACUAUCUCUCGAAUCUGAUGACGACAAUAAGAGAUACAGCCCAGUGUACAAGUUCCCCAGCAUAAGUUACUGUAGAGAAACGAAAAACGACUAUUUGUACAUAUGACUAGCGAUGCGCCUGGUUAGGAUCAAGUCUGCGAUGGAAGGACGUAAGCCGCGUGCUCGGGUUCGAAAGAAAAGACUUUUGUGAAGUGUAAAUAAGGUUUGUUUUGUAUAAAGUGUACAUAGUGGUACUCGUUGGUACCUCGCACGGUUGUUUACAGAGGUGCAUAACCAAAGAGAUAUUGUAGAUGGUGUAAUCUAUGACUUUGACUAUAAGAUGGAUAUUGUAAAGAAGAUCAGGUGCCUUGAGAAUGGAAUCUAUUAAUUUACGACAAGAAUCUAUUAUUUUGAGACUUUAAUGCAAUAUUUUAAUUCCAGAUUUACGACUUCUAGUAGUAGUUGUAAUCCGCUAAAGCAUUGAUAUAAUUUAGAUUCAUUUCUAAUAUUCAUGUUGUAUGCAGUAUUGAUUUAGCAUAAAUGUGACAAAGUUCAUUCUUAGUUAAAUGAUCGUAUGACGAAAAUAUGUAAAUAUUAGUACGUAAGUACAUAUUUUUAGCUAGUAGACACCAAAGAGGCAAGCGAAUGUUUAAAAUGAUUAGAUCUAUUUAUCUGUUAUGUAUUUGUGAUGUUUAAUUUAUUAAAAAAGGCAGCAAGCACUUGGUUGUUUGUUUUGACGAUGUUCUGCAAAACAAUUAGUUUAUUCUUCGUUAAAUACUACGUAUAGAUUUGCGUUACAUCGCUUACAAAACUUUACUCGCUUGAUAUGUUAAAUAUCAUCGAAUUAUUACUUUUAAUGAAACUAAU